AUGUUGGCAACCCUAUGUACCACCAAAGACCACGUACUUAUUGAAGAAGAAUCUAGUUUAUCUACUUUCCAAGACUACAGCAAGUUCCUUGAGGGUGGUCUAGGGCAGGCGGAACUGGUUGGCGCUUCGGGCUGGCAGCCGCCGUGGAGGGCGCCACUGCAGCGGAAGGCACCUUUCUAUCCGGGCGAUGAUAUUUUUCACGCUGAUACUUGGCGAGAACUGGAGGUAACAGACGGUAUUGGUGCUGCCACAUACAAUGUCUCGGUGACACCUCACGGAACGGUGUGCAUGCGGCUGAGGGAUCGAGUAAAGGUCGACAUGACAAUCGACGGUGCCGUGCGACUGACCAACGCUAAGAACAACAUAAUCCUUGCGUUGUCCCGUUCCGGUGCCUCUGCCGCUCUCAUUCAUCCCAACGGGCGGGUCUACCAGUAUGGCUCGCGCGUUGAGAUCCAAGCGCGCCACCAGCAGGGGAAUAAUAAGUACGCUAAGAUGUGGUACAAGGGGGUCUCGUUCACGGCGGAGCAAUGCGCGCUGGUGUAUCUGGUGGACGCGGCGGGCACGCGCACCACCACCGACACCUUCCUCGACAUGAGCCAGGACUUUACGCUGAACGUCUUCUACAACGAGUCUCGUCACGGUCCUUCGUAUGUGAACGAGGCACUCAGUCUGCUCCAGGCGGUGCAGUACUGGCUGACGGACGACGGCAUCGACAACUGGAUCAUCAACAACGUCCGCGUCAGCCAGACCUCUGAUGGGCUUGUUCGGGUCCAUCGAUGCAGCCACAAGUACCAACUGCGCACUAGCCCCAGCAACGGAUCAGCAUCCAUCACCAGCCCCUUUCUGCACUGCACUGCCUCGCUCGGACAAACUCAGCACUUGUUUGUAAGACGCGGGGAGAGACGCAUGCACUUUGAUGGCAACUCCUUCAUAGUCCGCAACGCUGGCCAUUCGGCGGGAUUCGACGACAAGAAUCAACUGAAGGUGUAUUAAUAUAAAUUAUUACUCCUCUCUAACACUUAACUUAACACCUAGCGCUUACCAAUGACUGGAAUAAUCGACUGGACAAAAGUUGGUUAGGACAAUGCAUUUUAUACAAUAUUAAUUUCUUACAAAUAAACGUUCCACAAUAAACUAGGAUUAUGAAUUACAUUUCACUCUUCAAACUCAAUUGAAUUGAGAAUUGUAGAGCAAUUCAUUGUUCCCGGAGAAUAAAACUGUAAUUGCAAAUAGCUAUUUUUUCAGGAAAAAUAAGAUUUUUGAUGAUUGUUGACAAAGUAAUAGACUUAGAUGAAAUUGAGAAAGCUCAAAUGAAAGCUUAUUUUUAAGCUUUUAUCAAGUUAUAUUGACAAAAGCCUAGAUGUAGAUCAAGCUUUAAAUAAAAAAGAAAUAGUUACUGAAAACAAAUCACCACCGUGUUUUUGUAAUGUCGAUUACCAUUUUAUUCGCUAUAAUAUUUCAAUACUUUUAUAAACUUCGUAAAUAACUAAAAAAAAAAUACGAAACCUAUAGAUCCCAAAAAUUAAAUAAUAUUAAAAUUAAAUAAUACUAAACACGCGUAAUGUCAGU